AUGCAGUCAAUGCUUCAACAAUACUCCUUUGCUUCACUGGAACGUGACGAAUAUGGGAACGAUGUGGGCGUGUCAGCGAAACGGUUACCAGUAGCGUACCUGCUAGUAGAUGUGCCUUGCGGGGUAGCGCCGGGUACAUCACAGCCCAGGUUUAGCCCCGUUGCCACCUUCCCGCCAGCGAAUCGCCCACUGCAGAGCCAUUUACAAAGCCUGAAGGGUCUUCAUGAACAUAUACAGAAUUCGCCGUCAUUCUUAGAGGCUAUGUCAGAUCUCCACGUACUCCUAUACUUGGCGACCAACGACGCUUUACCCCUAACAAUAGAGCAGCUGGAGCCUUUGUUGCAAGCAGUCAGGACAAGAGAUGAAGAUGCAGCGGAAUCUUGGCGAAAUGAAGGGCACGUGGCCACGUUAUUGCAGCUGGCCGCCUGUGAUCACAAUUCGCCGGCUGCUAAUAGUUCGUCUGACUCCGGCGUAUGGACGUGUCAGUUGUGUACGUUCCACAAUGCCGCGCCGCUCGACUCCUGCGAGAUGUGCGCGAUGCCAAGGUAA